CCAGCAACUUGGGCACGGCAAGUAAUCCGCACGUGAGGGCACGACCUACCAAGGUACCUCAGCCAGCACUUUUGGCAGCCACCCACACCGAACCCGCCUUCGUGCCUGCCCAAACUCUGUUCGUCUUCCGUGGAUUCCGUCCCCAUACCACACCACCUGCUCGGCUAGGUACCUCUUGGUACCGCGCGACGCUCGGCACCGUACCUGGCCAGCCAAAAGUACCUCACCUCACUGGCAAGCCAUACCUCGAGAGACCUGGCCUUGCCAUAACCGACUCGGGUCUCUUUGCCCGCGCAGUUUCCUCGUUCCUCUCCUCCACACCCGUGCGAGUCGUCGCAUUCAUACUUACUUGGCGCGACGCUCCGUAAAACGUCGUCCUCCCUCGCUCCCGCAUCGUCGACGCCCUCGUCGGUGCUCUCUCUCGCUGCCUCGCCGCCUCACUUCGGUUGCUUGCCCCGACGCGCUGCGCUGGCCCUGUCGCUGCCCGGCGUCCGACUAUCGGCCCCUCGUAUUACAGACCCCGGCACCUACCCACCACACUCGCUCCCAGAUCCCAGAACGCCGGCGCCCUUCCACGGCUCCAAGGGACCGACACGCCUCACGCUGCGACUCCAGUCCGGCCCCCCAAUCGAAUCCCGCAGCCUGUGCAACCGCGCAAACGGCACACCACAGCGCUGCACAGCACCGCGUCGCACCCGCAAUACCACAGCGCCCUCAGCCGUGCGUCCACGAGCUGCACGGCAGCUGCAGUUCCCGCUCUUGUCUCGUCACAGCCGUCCAUCCGCAGUCUCCGAUACCCCUCCAUUCGCCCGCCCGCCGCUCUGUCAGCGCCCGAGACUCGCGCUCCUCCUCGACCUGCUGGCUCUCUUCCUUCGCCUCGUCCCUCAUGGGAAGCGGCGCCGACGAGGCAUUCCACGCCACCAUAUAGAAUUUGCCAUAGGCUGCACGAGAACACCUCGAUGCGCCAUGACCUUCAUUCUAUGUCUGGCUCACUACUGCGACACCCACGGCCCGACGCCGUUGAUGGUCACGGAGGGCCUGCGCAACCCCUGCUCCAUCUGCUUCGAGGAUCCGCUGACAAGCCCGAGGGCGGCCAAAUCCCCUGGCGAUGCCCGCUCACGCUCUGGCGCGCCCACCUCGGCGCCCCAGUCACAACCCGCCGCCGCUGCACUCAACGAUGCGCUGCGUGAUAUGAACAUAGCUCGCAGUGCGUCUGUUCCCGCGUCGGAGCCCGACGCCCAGGCGCAACGGGCAGCCCUGCGACGCGCCGCGGCUGCAGCAGCCGGCUCGUCAUCUCCCUUGGAGACCCCUCCCGACAGCCCGCGGCCCAUUUUCCAGCAGCCUCGUCGUGACUCGAGCUUCCGCCGAACGUAUGACGACACGGUGACCAAGAAGCAGGGCCCGUGCGACAAUUGUGCAAUGACGCUUCCGCGACGGCAAGGGGGAGGCAACGACUACGUGACCGACGCCCAAGGGCCGACACUGCGAACGCGCACCCCCAUUGAGCGUGUCUUCGGUGCCGGACCGGCGUCACCUCCGAGUUCACAAUCCUCUAGCGACACGGAUGGCGAUCGCGAGGUGACGCGGCGAAUCCGCAGCAGGCGGACUGCGCCGUCGAGUUCACGAACGACGUCGUGCUCGAGCACGUCGACAUCGUCGGGGCGGUCGUCGCAUCACUUUCACUAUGUCAGCUACACGUCGACCCAUGAGCCCCUUCUUGCCGACUCUUUUUCUCUGGUGCGCGCUUCAUGCCUGCGGGCCCUAUCCUUCGAGACACUGCCCCGGGCCCCCUCGACUUCGACCCCGACAUCGUCCCCCCAGGUAACCUCGCCGGCGUUCGUCACAACGCAAAGUCCCGGGUCAGCGGCCACGGGUGGCGCCAUCUUUUUCGGCGACGCCAUGGCGGGCUACACGACGGCCUACAUCUUUCGGAUUCCAGACCUACAUGCUCGAGGUCACAAGCGGAUCUACGCGUUUUUGGCUCUCAGCACCGAGAAGGAGCGUCUUGCGAUGAAGACGUUCUCAAUGAUCUCGACACACUUUCGUGACAUGGCGACAUGGAUCCAGCAGCUGGCCGAGGCUGAGGCGGAGCGGGCCAGUGAAUCGUCUCCGAUCGGCAGCGUCUUGACCAAUGGCGGACUACCGCAGCCGGCGCCGUCAGCGUUCGACCCCCCAACCGCUGCGACGGACCGCGGUGGCAGCAGCUUCCUCACCGGCGGCAGCGGUUUCACGAGACGUAUGGGCGGGCCUGGCGGCGCUUCGUCACUCAAGGCCCGCGGGCUGGCGGAGCUUGUCGGGCAGCCCGACUUCUUUAUUGAGCUACACGGCCGAUUCGUGCGCCUUCUCCUGGAAGCCGGCGUCGCGAUGAGCUCGUAAUUCACGAGCACAUAUACGUUCAUAUACGUUUCAGACAGCUCACCUGCUUUGGCUCUUUUAACUUGCCGCCUGGAGCUGUAGUGCUCCUAUACCCCGGCCCACCGUGGCCAGCGCACGACCGCGAGGUUCGCACUCGACGUUCGAGCAUAGCACAGGCGUUGCAUCCGCAUGGACGGCGUAAUGGGUAAUUGUAAUGGCUUGCGGCUUUUUCAUGUAUUUUAUAUCAGCGUUUCACGUAUGACACCUUGUUGUCAUGGCUCCUGAGCUGGGUCAUGACUUCGAAUGACGCGUGCUCGGCCGCGAGCUCGCCGCAACUAGGAAUGGUAUAGAGGGCAACGAACAGGGGGGCGCAAAUGGCCAUGACGGAUGAAGAAAAGGAAUUCAUGUACCAAUCGAAAUGACGCCAUUAACCUGCGAUACCUGCGAAGCGUCUGUGCCUUGGGGAUCUUGUACAUCUGGAACUCUGCAGCCUCGAGAUCUCAUCGCCUCAAUGUCUCGUGAACAAUCCCCAUCGCAGCGCCUACAUACACGUGUCUCUCGGUAUCGACGAUGCGUCUGCAGACACACUGUUUCCGCUAGCCAAGGAGCGAGGACUGGAUUUGCCCUGCGCGCUCUGUCCGCAGUGCGAACACAGGCCCUAUUUGUAUCAGUGGGGGCAACAUAACUUCUCUAUGUCGCACCGAAUGACGCGUCGAGGAAUACGGCCGGUACAGAGAGAAGACUAUGUAAUCGCAAGAUACGCCAUGGGUGGGGAGGAAAACACAUCGAAAACCAAAGGGACCAGGGCGUUGUUGUCCAUCUUACGUAGAGCUAUUGUUUUGGGUGCGCUUGAUUCGAGUUUUCUUAUUAUCAUUGUCCUUAUUUGGGUUUCUGUUACGGAGUAAAAGGAGAGGAAAAGUCACGCAACGUCGAGAAGGAUUGCUGCUGUUUGUCUACCUAUGCCAAGCUAUGCCUCGGGUGGGUAGCUAGGACACAUGCUCUCCCCCCCGUCUCGGGCGUCACGAAAGGUCUGCCGGCGUAGGCCGGUGCGUUUUUCCAUUUACUGAUACCUAGAUAGUAGAG